UGGUGGUGGUUGUUGUGUUGGUGAUGGCUUUUAUUCGCACACCUUAACAUCCAUUCAAAUGAGAAAACACGUUGGUCUUUUUGCAAAAACGAAACUUGAUCAUCACAGAAAAUAAACAAGGUGCAGCUCUCUUUCUCUUUCUAUUUUCAUUUGUUUGUCAGAAUUUCGAAUCAAUUUCAAUUUCGAUUUUUCUGGUAAAAUAAUCAAUCAUGAAUCAAAAAUAUUCAAGCAUUUUGCUACUAUCGAUAAUUUGGAUCUUAAUUUUCAGUUUUCAAAUAUCUAAUGUAUUUGGAAUAAAAUGUUGGGUAUGUCAUUCCGAUUCUGAUCCAAAAUGUGCCGAUCCAUUUGAUAAUAAUACGUUACCGAUAAAAGAUUGUCGUGAAGUUAAACGUACCCAUCUGUUUGAAGAUGAAACACCGUACGAAACAUUGAUACGUCAGGAUAACAAAAAACAGCCGGAAUUAAAACAGGCAACCAUGUGUCGAAAAAUUCGUCAAAAAAUUCAUGGAAAUUGGCGAACAAUUCGUGAUUGUGCAUUUCUCGGUUCACCGGGUGAAGGUACCGGCAAUGAACACAAUUGUCUUUAUCGUAAAGGCACCUACGAUAUUUAUCUGGAAUAUUGUACCUGUAAUAGUAAAGAUGGUUGUAAUAGCAGUAUAUCCAGAUUCAUAUCAUCCAAACAAAAAUGGCUAUCCUUAUUUGCAACCAUUAUAUUUCUUAUCUUUAUACAAUUGUGAAAUUCUGUCUGUUUAUCUCUUGUAAAUAUCAUUA